AGCUGAGCCAUGGGCAACGAGGCGAGCCUGGAAGGGGAAGGGGAAGGGCUCCCCGAAGGACUGGCGGCGGCCACCGGAGGAGGGGCUGGCGGGGCGGGGAGCUCCCUGCACCCCGCGCUCCCGGCCGGCAUGGAGGCGGACCUGAGCCAGCUGAGCGAAGACGAGCGGAGACAGAUCGCGGCUGUCAUGUCAAGGGCGCAGGGGCUGCCCAAGGGAAGCGUGGCCUCGGCCGCUGCGGAGCCGCCCUCCAUGCACAGGAAACAAGACUUGGAUAGCAGUCAUUUUCCAAAGGAACCAGGAAAGUCACCUGACUCAGUCCGUGCAGUUCAGCCUGGUCUCAGUAAGAGUAGAACUACAGACACUUUCCGCUCAGAGCAGAAGUUGCCUGGAAGGAGUCCUUCCACUAUUAGCUUAAAAGAAUCCAAGUCCAGAACUGAUUUUAAGGAAGAGCACAAGUCUAGUAUGAUGCCUGGCUUCCUUUCUGAUGUUAACCCUUUAAGUGCUGUCUCCUCUGUUGUAAAUAAAUUCAAUCCUUUUGAUUUGAUAUCAGACUCUGAGGCCUCCCAGGAAGAAACCGCCAAGAAACAAAAAGCAGCUCCAAAAGAACAAGGAAAACCUGAAGCAAUCCCCAAGGCUCCAUUGCAGCAAUCACCCAAGCCAGUUCCUAAGCAGCAAGGCUCUGUGAAGACUCCCCUUCAGCAGGAUGUUUCCUCAAAAACUGUACCUUCUCAGCAACUAGAAAAGAUGAAAUCACACCCUUCAGGAAAGCCAACCCAGGGGCUGACCCAGGCUCCUCAGACUGAUCAGAUCAAAAUGCCCCUUCAAAGAGAUGCGACCAAGCCUCAGACUAAACAGUCAGAUUCAGUAAGGGGAGAAUCAGAUAAAAUUUCAGCACAAAGUGCAUCUAAACCACCUCUUCAGCAGGCAAGUUCUGGAAAACCUCUAGCUGUGCAGACUGGACCUGAAAAAGUUGCAAGGCCACAACCAGGGCCUCCAAAGUCCCUGGCUCAGCAGUCAGGGCCUGGGAAGCCCCAAGCUCAACCAUCAGGAACUGUAAAACCUUCACCUCAGCCUCUGACAACAAAGCCUGCAGCCCAAACUCCCGGGACAAUGAAACCUGCAACUCAGCAGCCUGGACCAAAGUCUCCAGCUCAGUCUCAUUUACCUGCAAAGCCUCAAGUUCAGCAGGCUGCAUCAGAAAAGCCUCUAUCACAGCAGCCUGGGACCAAGCCUGUAGUGCAGUCUCCUAUACCUGCAAAGUCUCCAGUUCAGCAGCCAGGGCCAACAAAGCUCCCAGCCCAGCAAGUAGGCACUCCAAAGUCUUCAGCUCACCAACCUACUACACCAUCACUUAGUCAGCCACCUGGGCCUGCAAAAACUCCUGCUCAGCAGCCUGGACCAGGGAAGACUCCAUCUCAGCAACCUGGUCCAGCAAAAAUCACUCCUCAACAACCUGGCCCACCAAAGCCAGUAGCUCAGCAGCCAGGUCCAGCAAAGCCAGCAGCUCCAUCUCCAGGCCCAGCAAAGCCAGCAACACAACAGCCAGGCCCAGCAAAGCCAGCAACUCAACAGCCAGGCCCAGCAAAGCCGGCCACUCAACAGCCUGGCCCAGCAAAACCUUUAGUGCAGCAGUCUGGCCCAGCAAAGCCAGAAGCUCAACAGCCUGGCCCAGCAAAGCCCUCUUCACAACAGCCUGGCUCAGCAAAGCCUUUGGCACAACAGCCUAACCCAGCAAAACCCUCAGCUCAACAGCCUGGCGCAGCAAAGCCCUCACCACAACAGCCUGGCUCAACAAAGCCAUUAGCUCAGCAAUCUAUGAAACCAGGAAGCCAAAUAGGAGUUGGGAAACCUGCACAGCCAUCAGUUUCUCCAUCUUCCGGACAGACUUCAGUACAAGGCCUCCCUAAAACCAUCUGUCCUCUUUGCAAUACCACUGAACUUCUGUUGAAUGUUCCAGAAAAGGCCAAUUUUAACACAUGCACUGAGUGUCAAACCACUGUAUGUAGUCUCUGUGGUUUUAAUCCCAAUCCUCAUCUAACUGAGAUAAAGGAGUGGCUCUGUUUAAACUGUCAGAUGCAAAGAGCUCUGGGAGGUGAACUGACUCCAGUUCCAUCAUCACCGCAGCCUAAAUCGAAGACUGCCUCUGCUAUUCCUGCAUCAGUAGCGAGCAAACCAUCCCCACCGAUUUCUCCAAAAAAGGACAUUGUACCCAAACCAUCCCCACAGAUUUCUCCAAAAAAGGACGUUGUACCCAAACAGGAUACUUCAAUGGUGCCUGACUCUAAAAAACCCCCACCACUAGUAAAACAAUCUACUCUUCAUGGUUCUCCCCCGGUCACGGUGAAGCAACCUCCAGCGGUAGAUGCCACAUCCAAGUCCACUCCUUCCAAAGAGCCUCCUGCAUCAUCUGAGCAGGCCACAGUCCCCCCAGUUGAUGACAAACCAAAGCUGCCUAAAAUGGCCAAACCAGUCACAGAUGCUGUGUCUUCAUCCUCAGUAACCACAAAACCUGAUACUCCAAGUUCAAAAACGCAGCCACAGGAUCAAGAGAAAAAAACCUUACUUCUCAAAACAGAUUCUGCCAAGCCUUCACAAAGUUUUCCACCAACAGGAGAGAAAGUCACCUCAUUGGAUUCCACGGUCAUACCACGGCCCGCAUCAGAUUCAAAAAUUGUUUCACAGCCUGGGUCUAGUUCAGAGAACAAAGGUCAAAAGCAAGCUGAUUCCAUUCAAAAGAGGGAAGAACCCAAGAAAGCACAAACCAAAACGAGUCCCAAGCCAGAAGGCAAGCCAGUGCCAAAAGGGUCAUCAGCAACCCCAGGCCCACAGCCUGGUCAAACUGCCCCUGUUUCUCAACCACCUCCCAAGGAGCAGUCAAGACGCUUCAGUCUGAAUCUGGGAAGUAUUACUGAUGCCCCUAAAUCACAACCCACGACUCCUUCAGAAAGUGUGACUGGAAAACUCUUUGGCUUUGGAGCUUCAAUCUUUAGUCAAGCAUCAAGUCUAAUCUCCACGGCAGGCCAGCCUAGUUCUCAUGCACAAGGUGGACCAGGAACCCUGAGCAAACAGGCUCCAUCUCCUUCACAGCCUCCCGCUUCUCAGGUGACACCUAAAUCUACAGGUCAGGCUCCACCAACACCUGCAAACAUUGUCCCUGUGAAAAAAGAAACAAAAGCACCAGGAGUUGAAAAAUUAGAGUCCAAAGCUGAAAAAGUUCCACCUGUAAAAAGAACAGAAACAGAAAGGAAACCUCCACUUACUAAGGAUACUAAACCUUCCACAACUGAUCCUCAAAAAGCUGCUGCUCCACCCAAACCUGAAAAAAUACCCAAACCAGAAUCUGUCUGUCCUCUCUGCAAAACUGAACUUAAUAUGGGUUCUAAGGAUCCUCCUAACUUCAACAUUUGCACUGAAUGCAAGAAACAAGUGUGUAAUCUCUGUGGAUUUAAUCCUACACCACACUUGACUGAGAUACAAGAAUGGCUUUGUUUAAAUUGCCAGACCCAGAGAGCUAUGUCAGGACAACUUGGAGACAUAGGGAAAAUGCCAUCUGCGCAACAGGGACUAAAGGCAUUUUCUAUGCGUGUCUCAGCAGAACAGCCUUCUCAGAAAGUAACAACCCCUGCACAAAUAAAAGUGAAAAAGAAGGACCAAGAUGUAAAAUUAGAAGUUGAGAAAACCAUUCCAGAAAAAGAAAAAGAAACCCCUUUGACUGAAAAAAUACCCCAUAAAGUAGUCACAGAUCAAAAACAAGAGAUUAAAGUAGAGAAAGACAAAACUUCAGCCCCUCAAGAAAAAAAGCCACUUACUGAAGACAAAAAGUUACUAUCAGAAGAGAUAAAAACACCCUCUGAAGAAAAAAAGCAAACUCAGAAAGAAAAAGCACCCCCAAUUGACAAAAAGCCACCAUCAGAGGAGAAAAAAGCACCUCCUCAAGAGAAAAAGCCAACCCCUAUAGAUAAAAAAUCUUCCCUUGAAGACAAAAAGGCUCUAACAGAAGAAAAGGCAGCAAAGCCAACCCCUAUAGAUAAAAAAUCUUCCCUUGAAGACAAAAAGGCACUACCAGAAGAAAAGGCAGCAAAGCCAAUCCCUAUAGAUAAAAAAUCUUCCCUUGAAGACAAAAAGGCACUACCAGAAGAAAAAAAGACAGCAAAGCCAACCCCUAUAGAUAAAAAGUCUUCCCUUGAAGUCAAAAAAGCACUACCAGAAGAAAAAAAGGCAGCCUAUGAAGAAAAGCCAACCCCUAUAGACAAAAAGCCUCCCCUUGAAGACAAAAAGGCAGAAGAAAAAAGGACAAUCCUUGAAGAAAAAAAGCCAACUCCUAAAAAGUCCAUCUUAGAGGAUAAAACAUUACCCCCAGGAAUCAAAGCCUCAUCUACAGAAGAGGAAAAGAAACAUGACUUACUUAAAACUCAAAUUCAGAUUGCUAAAGAAACACCUGAAGACAAAGUAUCUCCAAAGGCUAUGGAAGAAGUGGAACAACACCCAAUCAAGAUGGAAGAUGAACCUUCUGGCUUGCCUGAGAGUUUGACUAAGGAAGAUGAUGAGUCUACUCAAAAACUGAAAGAACAGACUCAGGAAGUUUGCACAGCAAAGCCUGAACAGGUUGAAUCUGGGAAAGAAAAAACAGAAAAGGAAGAUGACAAAUCAGACACCUCAAGUUCUCAGCAGCCGAAAAGCCCACAAGGUCUGAGUGAUACUGGAUAUUCUUCAGAUGGAAUAUCAGGUUCUCUUGGUGAAAUUCCAAGCCUUCUACCCAGUGAUGAAAAGGAUUUGCUCAGGGGACUCAAAAAAGACUCAUUUUCACAAGAAAGCAGCCCUUCUAGCCCCUCAGAUUUGGCUAAAUUAGAAAGUACUGUUCUGUCCAUUUUGGAAGCUCAGACAAGUACACCUGAUGGAAAAUCUGAAAAGAAAAUACAGUCACUUGAAAUGGUUUCUGAGCAGUCCAAGGACCAGCAGAAACCCCAGAGUUUAUCUGAAACACCAAAACCUGUGGUGUCAGAAGAACUCAAAAAGAUUCAAGAAGAAAAAGACUCUUUAAAAAAAGAUGGUCAGCAAGACUUUUCUUCCAAAAAGGAUCAUAAAGAAAAGUCUGAGCUUGUUGAUAACGUUCCUGUGAGAAGGCUUCCUUAUGAUUCUGUGGAAGAUAGCAGUGAAAGUGAAAACUCACCUGUUCCUCAGAGAAAAAGGAGACUGAGCAUUGGUUCCUCAAGCAGCGAAGAUUAUAAACAGGAAGACAGUCAGGGCUCAGACGAGGAAGAGGAAGACUUUAUCCGAAAACAGAUCAUAGAAAUGAGCGCUGAUGAAGAUGCUUCAGGAUCUGAUGAUGAUGAAUUCAUCAGGAACCAGAUCAAGGAGAUCAGUAGUAGCCUUGAAAGCCAGAAAAAGGAAGAAAUUAAAGGAAAGGGGAAAGCAGCAGCAGGGAAACACAGGCGACUGACCCGAAAAAGUAGUACCAGCUUUGAUGAGGAUCCUGGGAGACGCCAUUCUUGGCAUGAUGAAGAUGAUGAGACAUUUGAUGAGAGCCCUGAACUUAAGUACAGAGAAACCAAAAGCCAGGAGAGUGAAGAACUUGCACUCACUGGAGGAGGAGGGCUCCGUAGAUUCAAAACAAUUGAACUCAACAGCACAAUAGCAGAUAAAUAUUCUGCUGAGUCCUCACAGAAAAAAACAGCUUUGUAUUUUGAUGAAGAGCCAGAAUUAGAAAUGGAAAGCUUGACAGACUCCCCAGAAGAUAGGUCAAGGGGGGAAGGGUCUUCUAGUCUUCAUGCUUCCAGUUUCACUCCUGGUACCUCCCCUACAUCAGUGUCAUCACUUGAUGAGGACAGUGAUAGUAGUCCAAGCCACAAAAAAGGAGAGAGCAAACAGCAACGUAAGGCUCGACACAGAUCACAUGGCCCUCUCUUACCUACUAUUGAAGAUUCUUCUGAGGAGGAAGAAAUGAGAGAGGAGGAAGAAUUAUUGAAGGAACAAGAAAAACAAAGAGAAUUAGAACAGCAACAAAGAAAAAGUUCAAGUAAAAAAUCAAAGAAAGACAAAGAUGAGCUUAGAGCCCAGAGACGGAGGGAAAGACCCAAAACACCACCCAGUAACCUCUCUCCUAUAGAAGAUGCUUCUCCAACAGAAGAAUUACGUCAGGCUGCAGAAAUGGAGGAGCUUCAUAGAUCUUCAUGUUCUGAAUAUUCACCUAGCAUAGAAUCAGACCCAGACGGUUUUGAAAUAAGCCCAGAAAAAAUAAUAGAAGUGCAAAAAGUGUAUAAAUUGCCCACAGCUGUGUCUUUAUACUCACCGACAGAUGAGCAGUCUAUUAUGCAAAAAGAAGGUGGUCAAAAGGCAUUAAAAAGUGCUGAGGAGAUGUAUGAAGAAAUGAUGCAUAAGACCCAUAAAUAUAAAGCAUUUCCAGCUGCAAACGAACGAGAUGAAAUGUUUGAAAAAGAGCCUUUGUAUGGUGGCAUGUUGAUAGAGGAUUAUAUUUAUGAAUCUUUAGUAGAGGACACCUACAACGGGUCAGUAGAUGGCAGUCUGCUGGCAAGGCAAGAUGAUGAAAAUGGAUUUCUACAGCAGAGAGGAAGAGAACAAAAAGUCAGACUUCCAGAGAAAAUUUAUGAAGACCCUAUGCAAAAAAUUACAGACCUCCAGAAAGAAUUUUAUGAGUUAGAAAGUCUACAUUCUGGUGUGCCUCAAGAAGACAUUGUUUCAAGCUCUUUUAUCAUUCCAGAAAGUCACGAGAUAGUGGAUCUGGGUAGUAUGGUAACUUCUACCAGUGAAGAAAAAAAAUUAUUAGAUGCCGAUGCUGCAUAUGAAGAACUAAUGAAGAGGCAACAGAUGCAAUUAUCAUCGGAAUCCAUCUCUACUCAGCCCCUGAUCAAGGAUGAAGUGACAGAUUCUAUGGACUUUGACAGGAUGCCUGAUUCAUCUAUGACAUCAAGUAUUCUCUCAGGAGCUUCUCUUACAGACUCAACUAGCAGUGCAACACUCUCGAUCCCAGAUGUUAAAAUAACCCAACAUUUUUCAACAGAAGAAAUCGAAGAUGAAUAUGUAAUUGAUUAUACAAGAGAAAUUCAAGAGAUAAUUUCUCAUGAAUCACUGAUUUUGACCUACUCUGAGCCUUCAGAAAGUGCAACAUCUGUCCCACCCUCAGACACACCUUCCCUCACAUCAUCAAUUUCUUCUGUUUGUACCACAGAUAGCUCCUCACCCAUAACUACGCUAGAUAGCAUAACCACGGUUUAUACAGAGCCAAUAGACAUAGUAACUAAAUUGGAAGAUUCUGAGGAAAUUUCAUCAUCAAUGUAUUUUCAAGGUAGCAUUAUAGACUAUCCAGAAGAAAUAAGUGUGCCUUUAGAUCAGGUUUCCAUGCCAGAUAGUAGAACUAGUACUGAUCAUAUUGUGAUAGCCAUAUCUGAUAUGGCACCUCCUGUCACAGAGUCUAUUGGAACUAAACAUGAAGGACUAUUUCAUGACACUCAAUCAACUGAUUCAGGUCUAUCUGAAAAAGCACCAGUUAAGAAAGCCAAGAAGGAAACUGGGAGUGGAACUAUUCUAGAAGUUUUGGACGCUUACAGAGAUAAAAGGGAAGAGUCUGAGACUGAACUAACAAAAAUUAGCUUACCUGAAACUGUUUUUGACCAGUUUGCUUCUUCUGUAACAGCUCUUCCAGUGAAAGAGCAGGUGCCAAGUUCACAAUACGUACCUGGAGAGAUCUUUGGUCAGACAAAGCCAGCAUCUCAGCUGCCACCUAGCCACUAUUCUGUUUCCUGUCUUCCAACUAAAACUCGUCCAUUCUUUCGAAGUUCUUCUUUGGACAUUUCUGCCCAGCCCCCUCCGCCUCCUCCUCCGCCUCCUCCCCCACCUCCGCCACCUCCUCCUCCACCACCCCCACCGCUCCCUCCACCAACCUCACCUAAACCAACCAUUCUUCCUAAAAGAACAUUAACAGUUACAGCUCCAGUGAGUAUAACUUCUACAGCUACGCCUCUAGUUGAGCCUGUUUCUACUUUAGUGGCCACAGCUGUUCCCAAAAGUAAUGGGUUACCUGUAGCACCUGUCUCAAAAAUAAGUACAAUUGCACCUCCUCCAGUUCCUCCUAAGCCAUCUUCCAUUCCAUCUGGACUUGUAUUUACACAUAGACCUGAGCCAAGCAAACCUCCCAUUGCCCCUAAACCUGUAGUUCCUCAGCUUCCAUUAAUGACUCAAAAACCAACCGAUGCACAACCCAAACCAACAGGUCUGUCUUUAGCUUCAAAUAUGACAUUGAAUUUGGUGACAACAGCAGAUUAUAAAUUGCCUUCCCCUACUUCCCCUCUUUCUCCUCAUUCUAACAAAUCCUCACCAAGAUAUUCCAAGUCCCUUAUGGAAACUUAUGUGGUCAUCACAUUACCAUCUGAACCUGGAACCCCAACAGAUUCUUCAGCAGGUCAGGCCAUUACCAGUUGGCCCCUGGGAUCACCUCCCAAAGACCUGGUAUCUAUUGAGCCAGUGUUUUCUGUAAUUCCUCCCAUGCGAACAACAGAAAUGCCAAGUUCUUCAGAACAGAGCCUAUAUGUCUCUGGUGCUUUGGAGACAUUUUCUGGUGUUCCUGUCACAACCCUUUCUUCAUUUCAAUCUGCCCCAGAUUCAUUUCCACAUUUUCUUACAACUGAAGCUUCCAAAGCUGAGGUUUCUGAAGCCAAAGGUAUAGUCUCCAGUGUUGGUCUCAGCACUGUCUCUGUAUCAAUUCCUCCAGAGUCUUUUGCUCAAGAAAAUCAACAUCUAGAGAAACAGCAGCUUAGAGAUAAUAGAAAAUCACAUCAUGUCAGUGAUGCCAUUGAUUUACGGACAAUGCCCAAAGUAGAAGUUAAAGUAACAGAAAAAGGUAUGGAUCUUUCUGCUUCUGCAGUGGAUGUGAAGAGGCCUACCACAACAAGUGAAAUCUAUGGGAGACAUACUAGUGCUGUUCAACCUUCUGUUAUCAAUCUCAGUGUAACUUCAUCAGUUAUGACUCCACUGUCCAUGGCCACUGAGACAGUGACCUUUGUCACGUGCACACCUAGUGUAAGUUAUACCACAAGCACAGAAAGCCUUGUGUGUAUAGAACAUGCAAAAGAAACACCCCUUCAGCUUAAAACUUCAAUUCAGGCUGAAUCUCAAUACAAGAUGCCAAGUAGUCAGACUUUUUCUACAGUUAGGGAAGAAGUACCAAUAAAUUUAUCAUUAAGCACAUCAGCACAUGCAGUGGGGUUGGCUGUUACAAAACCUGUUACUGUUCCUCCAGUUGGUAUAUCAAAUGGAUGGACUGAUAGCACUACAUCCCAGGGGGUCACUGAUGGGGAAGUGGUUGAUCUUAGUACAACAAAAUCUCAUAGAACUGUUGUAACAAUGGAUGAAUCUACUUCCGGUGUGGUGACCAAAAUAAUAGAAGAUGAUGAAAAACCUGUUGAUCUAACUGCAGGAAGAAGAGCUGUGUGCUGUGAUGUAGUUUAUAAAUUACCUUUUGGAAGGAGCUGUACAUCCCAGCAGCCUGCAACUAAUCUUCCUGAAGAUCGUUUUGGUUAUAGGGAUGACCACUAUCAAUAUGGUCGCUCAGGGCCAUAUGGUUAUAGAGGGAUUGGGGGAAUGAAACCUUCUAUGUCUGAUACUAAUUUAGCAGAAGCUGGACAUUUUUUCUAUAAAAGUAAGAAUGCCUUUGAUUAUACUGGAGGAACUGAAGCUGCAGUAGAUCUCACUUCAGGGAAAAUAACUACAGGUGAGGUAAUGGAUUAUUCAAGCAAGACAACAGGUCCAUAUCCCGAAACACGACAAGUCAUUUCAGGAAUUGGGAUUAGUACCCCACAGUAUUCCACAGCAAGAAUGACUCCACCUCCAGGAACCCAGUAUGGUGUGGGGAGCGUUUUCAGAACAACUAACGGUGUUGUCUAUUCUUCAGUGGCAACUCCAGUACCCUCCACAUUUGCUAUCACCACACAACCUGGCUCCAUUUUCAGCACCACUGGGAGGGAUCUGUCUGGUGCACAUACCACUGAUGCAGUGACUUCAUUAUCUACCCUCCAUCAAAGCCAGCCAAUGCCUAGAUCAUAUUUCCUAACAACAGGUGCAUCUGAAACAGACAUCACAGUAACUGGCAUAGAUAUCAAUGCCAGUUUGCAGACUAUUGCUGUGGAAAAUCUGACCACUGAGACUAUAGACUCAGUUCCCACUUUAACCACAGCAUCUGAAGUGUUUUCUGAAGUGGUAGGAGAUGAAAGUGCUCUUUUAAUGGUCCCCGAGGAAGAUAAACAGCAGCAGCAGCUAGACUUAGAGCGUGAGCUCUUGGAACUGGAGAAAAUUAAGCAACAACGUUUUGCUGAGGAAUUGGAAUGGGAGCGUCAGGAAAUCCAAAGGUUCCGAGAACAAGAAAAGAUCAUGGUUCAAAAAAAGCUGGAGGAACUUCAAUCUAUGAAGCAGCACCUUCUCUUUCAGCAAGAAGAAGAAAGGCAAGCCCAGUUUAUGAUGAGACAGGAGACAUUAGCUCAGCAGCAGUUGCAGCUGGAACAGAUCCAACAGCUGCAACAGCAGCUACACCAGCAGCUAGAGGAGCAAAAGAUCCGCCAGAUCUAUCAGUAUAACUACGACCCUUCUGGAAAUGCUUCUCCACAAACCACUACAGAGCAGGCAAUUAUGGAAGGACAGUAUACUGCUCCAGAAGGCAGUCAGUUUUGGGCAACAGAAGAUGCGACCACCACAGCCUCUGCUGUCGUGGCAAUUGAAAUACCACAAAGCCAAGGGUGGUACACGGUUCAGUCUGAUGGUAUUACUCAGUACAUUGCACCUCCUGGCAUUCUUAGUACUGUCUCAGAAAUACCUCUAACAGAUGUUGUGGUGAAAGAUGAAAAACAACCCAAAAAGAGAAGUUCAGGAACUAAAGUCCGUGGACAAUAUGAAGAAAUGGGGGAAAGCACUGCUGACGACCCCCGCUGUUUUAAAAAGAUUGUGGACAGUGGUGUGCAAACUGAUGAUGAAGAUGCAGGUGAUCGUAAUUAUGCAAGUAGGCGAAGGAAAAGCAAAAAGAGUGUUGAUACAAGUGUCCAAACUGAUGAUGAAGAUCAGGAUGAAUGGGAUAUGCCUACGAGAGCAAGGAGAAAAGCUCGAGUAGGAAAGUAUGGUGACAGCACUACAGAGGCUGACAAGACCAAACCCCUUUCCAAGGUCUCCAGUAUAGCAGUUCAAACUGUAGCAGAGAUUUCUGUACAAACCGAACCUGUCGGAACCAUAAGAACACCUUCGAUACGAGCGCGCGUGGAUGCCAAGGUAGAAAUAAUUAAACACAUUUCAGCACCUGAAAAGACCUACAAAGGGGGCAGUUUAGGAUGUCAAACAGAAGCAGAUUCAGACACACAAAGUCCUCAAUAUCUGAGUGCCACAUCUCCACCCAAAGACAAGAAACGCCCAACACCUUUAGAAAUUGGUUACUCAUCUCACCUCCGAGCAGAUUCCACACUACAGCUGGCUCCUUCCCCACCCAAAUCUCCAAAAGUCCUUUAUUCACCCAUCUCACCACUUUCACCAGGCAAAGCCUUAGAAUCAGCCUUUGUACCUUAUGAAAAACCCCUCCCUGAUGACAUAAGUCCACAGAAAGUAUUGCAUCCAGAUAUGGCUAAAGUUCCCCCAGCAAGUCCUAAGACAGCCAAGAUGAUGCAGCGGUCCAUGUCAGACCCCAAGCCUCUGAGUCCAACAGCAGACGAAAGUUCCAGGGCUCCUUUCCAAUAUACCGAGGGCUACACGACAAAAGGUUCUCAAACCAUGACACCAUCUGGAACUCCAAAGAAAGUUAAAAGGACUCUGCCAAAUCCACCUCCUGAAGAGACUUCCACAGGAACUCAGUCAACUUAUAGCACAAUGGGCACGACUUCCAGGAGAAGGAUCUGCAGAACCAACACUAUGGCACGGGCAAAGAUUCUCCAGGAUAUAGACAGAGAACUUGAUCUUGUGGAAAGAGAAUCUGCAAAGCUUAGAAAGAAGCAAGCAGAACUUGAUGAAGAGGAAAAGGAGAUUGAUGCCAAAUUACGGUACCUGGAAAUGGGAAUUAAUAGAAGGAAAGAAGCAUUAUUAAAGGAGAGAGAAAAGAGAGAGAGAGCUUACCUACAGGGAGUAGCAGAAGAUAGGGAUUAUAUGUCUGACAGUGAAGUGAGUAGCACAAGACCAACCCGAAUAGAAAGCCAGCAUGGCAUAGAGCGACCUAGAACUGCACCCCAAACUGAAUUCAGCCAAUUUAUGCCACCACAAACCCAAACAGAAGCUCAACUAGUUCCUCCUACAAGUCCUUAUACCCAGUACCAAUACUCUUCGCCUGCCCUCCCUACCCAAGCACCUACUCCUUACACGCAACAAUCCCAUUUUCAGCAACAAACUUUAUACCAUCAGCAAGUUUCACCUUAUCAAACUCAGCCAACAUUUCAGGCUGUGGCAACAAUGUCCUUUACACCUCAAGCGCAACCUACACCAACUCCACAACCAUCAUAUCAGUUGCCAUCACAGAUGAUGGUAAUACAGCAAAAGCCAAGGCAAACUACAUUAUAUUUGGAGCCUAAGAUAACUUCAAACUAUGAAGUGAUUCGCAACCAACCACUAAUGAUAGCACCUGUUUCCACUGAUACUACAUAUGCAGUUUCCCAUCUUGGCAGCAAGUAUAAUAGCUUAGACUUGAGAAUAGGAUUGGAAGAAAGAAGUAGCAUGGCAAGCAGCCCAAUAUCAAGCAUAUCUGCAGAUUCCUUCUAUGCAGAUAUUGACCACCAUACUUCACGAAAUUAUGUCUUAAUCGAUGACAUUGGAGAGAUUAACAAGGGGACAGCAGCAUUAAGCACUACGUUUAGUCUUCAUGAGAAAGAUUUGUCGAAAACAGACCGUCUCCUUCGAACCACUGAAGCACGUAGGUCUCAAGAUGUGACAGAUUUUCUAGCACCUUUACAAUCUUCUUCCAGGUUGCACAGUUAUGUGAAAGCUGAGGAAGAUCCAAUGGAGGAUCCUUAUGAGUUAAAACUUCUGAAACAACAGAUUAAACAAGAAUUCCGAAGAGGAGCAGAGAGCUUAGAUCAUCUUGCUGGACUUUCCCAUUAUUAUCAUGCUGAUACUAGCUAUAGACAUUUUCCAAAAUCUGAAAAAUAUAGCAUUAGUAGGCUCACACUAGAAAAGCAAGCAGCAAAACAACUGCCAGCAGCCAUCCUUUAUCAAAAGCAGUCAAAGCAUAAAAAAUCAUUGAUUGACCCUAAAAUGUCAAAAUUUUCACCUAUUCAAGAAAGUAGAGACCUGGAACCUGACUAUACAAGCUAUAUGACUUCAAGCACCUCAUCGAUUGGUAACAUUUCUUCAAGAGCAAGGCUUCUUCAAGAUGAUAUUACUUUUGGCCUCAGAAAAAAUAUUACAGAUCAACAGAAAUUUAUGGGCUCAUCUCUUGGCUCAGGACUAGGCACAUUAGGAAAUACCAUAAGGUCUGCUCUUCAGGAUGAAGCAGAUAAGCCAUACAGUAGUGGGAGUAGAUCAAGACCCUCUUCCAGACCUUCUUCUGUCUAUGGGCUUGAUUUAUCAAUUAAAAGAGAUUCAUCAAGCUCUUCCCUGAGACUCAAAACUCAAGAAGCUGAAGCUCUAGAUGUAUCCUUUAGUCAUGCAGCCUCUUCUGGCAGAAGUAAGCCGACAAGUUUGCCAAUUAGCCAGAGCAGAGGAAGAAUACCAAUAGUGGCCCAGAAUUCUGAAGAAGAAAGUCCACUCAGUCCCGUUGGCCAGCCAAUGGGAAUGGCUAGGGCUGCAGCAGGGCCCCUCCCACCAAUAUCUGCAGAUACAAGAGAUCAAUUUGGAUCAAGUCAUUCCUUACCAGAAGUUCAGCAACACAUGAGAGAAGAGUCCCGAACUCGAGGUUAUGACCGUGAUAUCGCAUUCAUCAUGGAUGAUUUCCAACAUGCUAUGUCAGACAGUGAAGCCUAUCACCUACGUCGGGAAGAAACAGAUUGGUUUGACAAACCCAGGGAAUCUCGUUUGGAUAAUGGGCAUCUGGAUCGAAAGCUGCCUGAGAGAUUAGUCCACUCUAGACCACUUAGUCAACAUCAAGAGCAAAUUAUACAGAUGAAUGGGAAGACUAUGCACUACAUUUUUCCUCAUGCAAGGAUAAAAAUAACAAGAGACUCUAAGGAUCAUACAGUUUCAGGUAAUGGAUUAGGAAUUAGAAUUGUGGGUGGUAAAGAAAUACCUGGACAUAGUGGAGAAAUUGGAGCCUAUAUUGCCAAGAUUCUUCCAGGGGGAAGUGCAGAACAGACAGGGAAACUCAUGGAAGGGAUGCAAGUAUUGGAAUGGAAUGGAAUCCCUUUGACUUCUAAGACAUAUGAAGAAGUGCAGAGUAUCAUAAAUCAACAAAGUGGGGAAGCAGAAAUAUGUGUAAGACUGGACCUUAGUAUGCUAUCAGAUUCUGAAAAUCCCCAACAUUUGGAACUUCAUGAACCACCAAAAGCUUUGGACAAAGCAAAAUCCCCAGGGGUUGAUCCCAAGCAGUUAGCUGCAGAACUCCAGAAGGUCUCUCUACAACAGUCACCAUUAGUAAGGUCUUCAGUGGUUGAAAAAGGAUCUCAUGUUCAUUCAGGCCCUACAUCAGCAGGAUCCAGUUCUGUUCCCAGCCCAGGGCAACCUGGGUCUCCAUCAGUCAGCAAAAAGAAACACAGCAGCAGCAAGCCUACUGAUGCAACAAAGGUUGUUUCUCAUCCAAUUACAGGAGAAAUUCAGCUUCAAAUCAACUAUGAUCUUGGUAAUCUCAUCAUACACAUCCUACAAGCAAGAAACCUUGUCCCUCGAGACAACAACGGUUAUUCUGAUCCUUUUGUUAAAGUGUAUCUUCUUCCAGGAAGAGGUCAAGUCAUGGUUGUCCAGAAUGCAAGUGCUGAGUACAAGAGGCGGACUAAGUAUGUUCAGAAAAGUCUUAAUCCUGAGUGGAACCAAACAGUAAUCUAUAAAAGUAUCUCCAUGGAACAGCUCAAGAAGAAAACACUGGAGGUGACAGUCUGGGAUUAUGAUAGAUUUUCUUCCAAUGACUUCCUCGGUGAAGUAUUGAUUGAUUUGUCUAGCACAUCUCACCUUGAUAACACUCCGAGGUGGUAUCCUCUCAAAGAGCAGACUGAAAGCAUUGACCAUGGAAAAUCCCAUUCUAGUCAAAGCAGCCAGCAGUCCCCAAAGCCAUCUGUCAUCAAAAGUAGAAGCCAUGGUAUCUUCCCUGACCCAUCAAAGGACAUGCAGGUUCCGACCAUUGAGAAAUCCCAUAGUAGUCCUGGUAGCUCGAAGUCUUCAUCGGAAGGUCACCUCCGCUCUCAUGGACCAUCUCGCAGUCAAAGCAAAACCAGCGUUACUCAGACCCACCUGGAAGAUGCGGGGGCUGCUAUAGCCGCUGCAGAGGCCGCCGUGCAACAACUCCGCCUUCAACCAACAAAGCCUACCAAUCACCGGCCUGCAGAAAGCUCCGCAUCCACUGGCUCCUCUGGCUGCAGCUUUGGCAGUGGAUAUAGCGUGGACAAUGAAGGAAGCAGCAGCACUGCAGGGGAGACUAAUCUAUUUCCUAUUCCAAGGAUAGGGAAGAUGAUGCAGAAUGGGCAAGAGCCUGUAAAGCAGCCAGGAAUUGGAGUAGGACUGACUGACACUGAAGUUAAAACUCAGGUAAUGGGAGAAAUCAAGAUUGCACUAAAGAAGGAAAUGAAGACAGAUGGCGAACAACUAAUUGUUGAAAUUCUCCAAUGCAGAAAUAUAACCUACAAAUUUAAAUCCCCUGAUCACUUACCAGAUUUAUAUGUGAAAAUAUAUGUGAUAAACAUCGCUACCCAAAAGAAGGUGAUCAAGAAAAAAACAAGAGUAUGUAGACAUGAUCGAGAGCCUUCUUUCAAUGAAACUUUCAGAUUUGGUCUAAGUCCUGCAGGACAUUCUCUUCAGAUUUUACUUUUCUCCAAUGGAGGGAAGUUUAUGAAAAAGACCUUGAUUGGCGAAGCCUGUAUCUGGCUUGACAAAGUGGAUCUGAGAAAAAGAAUCGUCAACUGGCACAAACUUUUGGUCAGUCCUACUCAAACGCAUUGAAGAACUUUGUCUGCUCAAUAUAUAGUAACUGCUCUAAUCUCAAAUAAAGACUAUAGUUUGUUUUGAAAACUAAAUGUAAGAGGAAGAACAAAUAUUUAAAAAAUGCUAAAGUCUUGUAAUUUAUUAUUGUGGAACACAAAGAAAAAAACUAUGAGAAAAAGAUUCAAAUGUUAAAGUCAAAGGAAAAAAGAAGCUCAAUAACUGGGACUCUUGUUAUUGUCAAGAAAAACAGUAAGAAUAAUUUAAUUACUGAAUGUAAAAAGUGGUAUUGAACUAAAGCUAAAGACAGAGGCCCAAAAUUAAUAUGAUUUCUUAAAUAUGAAACUACCUUGGUUGAGAGAACUUAUGUAAAAAUUUCAAUUUUCAGAUGUUCAAAAAUAUUAUUCAUCUCAGAAAUCUUACUGUUUUGAGAUUCUAAAAUAGGUUACACCUAAAAUAUCUGUCUGAGACUCGAAAAAGUCAGUGAAUUUAUAGGGGGAAAUAUACAGAGAAUGUGGAAAUUAUGCCAUUUAGAAAUUUUAUGUAGAUUUUCUCUGUAUUUAAAUAUGACAGGUGUGAAAUCACUUUUAGAAUCCAUAUAUAAAAAUCACAGUAAUAUCCUUUGAAAUAAUCUAGGUACUAAUAAUUUGAAGUGGAAUUACAUUUAUCUAAAAUUAAACCAUAAUUGGCUAACAAAAAUGUUGCCUACAGAUCAUUGGAAACUUAGUUCAAAACACCUGAAUUUGUAACUUACCUUUAAGACAUUUUAAAUUUCCUUAAUUCCUGGAUUACAUUUGUGUGUUCUAGUAGCAUGAUAGCUUAUUCUUUGUGUAACUAUAAAUAAAGUUACUGUUGUGAAAAGUUCUUUCCUCUUUUAGUGAUGUUCUGGCAGAGGGAAAAUUCUUCCUCUGGCAAUUAAAUCAUUUUGUGACACUAAUUAAAUGUUUAAAAUCUCCCUUUCUUCUAUAACUUUUUUUCUGAACACACUGAGAGUUGAAUGAAAACAUUGAGGCCAAAGUUCUCUCUAGUGGUCUAUUUUCCUUCUUUGGUAAUUAAAUGCACCAGUGUUUUGAAAAUGUAAAAAGUAAGCAUUCCAUUGAGACUAAAUAUACUUUGAAUUAUCUUAAUAUUAUAAAAUAAAUAUUUUAUAUAGGACAAAAGGAUGAAUGUUUAAGUCUUUCAAAUGAAGUAUCCUCUUCUCCAUAAAAGAUAACAAAACUAACCAAAAAACUUACCUGGACAUUUGCCUUCCACAGGGCCAAACCUGGUUGGAUCCCCAUCAUCCCAUGCCAGGAGUAACCCCUGAGUGCCUCUGGGUGUGGCCUAAUCCCCCCACGCCUCCCAAAUAAAAGUUACCUGGAGUUGUAGGAAACACUAAACUAAGAUUAAAAGCCUGGUUUCUGGUCUGGCUUUUGUCCCUGACUAUGUCAAUUUACAUAAGUUAAUUAAAUUCAAUUUUCCUCAGUUGAUUAAUUUUCAGGGUAAAAAUAAUUAUAUAUUUCUAACCUUGCUAAUGGAAAUUUGGAAUGAUUAACUCAAAGAUGUAUGAAAGUAAGUGAAAGCACAUUUUCAAAUAUGGCAUCAUAUAACCACAUAACUGAGGAAUCAUUAAUCUAUAACUAUUUAUUUCUCAAAGUUUAUAUAUAAAAAUAACAUCUUUCACAUCAGUAUAUUUUCCCAAAAUAAUAUUUUCCUUAAACUAUAAACUUUUACACAACUAGUGUAAAGGGUGAUAUUAAAUGGAAGUAAUUUUCUAAUUGGGUUAUUAUAAAUUAAAUAAUGUAACUGAUCUUCAGUAUUCUCAGACUAGCCAAAAGUAACUGAAGAUACCCAAACCACUCUCAUUUUAAAAGCUGCUUUUUUAUUCAAGAAUGAGGUUGUAGUUGGAUUAGAGAAAUUAUCUCCAAGUACUUUGGUUGGAUAUUGAAUUUUCUCAUUUUUAAGAAAAGCAUGCUUUAAUUUGAGAGAAUUUAUUAAAGCAAUAUAUUUAAAAGAAAAGAAUUUCUACUAAAUUCCAAAUCUUACUAUAGUCAUAAAGUAAUAAAAAUGUAUCUUAUAAUUAAUAAAACACAAUUUUGUCCCCUCUGCUGCUUAUCCCCCUCUCUUGAUUGGUAUUGCAAUGUCCUUUAUCAUUGCAAUUGCUCUAACUGAGCACGGAGAGGGGAUUGCUAGAGAUUUUAUAUUGCUAGGUUUUUAUUUUUAGAGACAACUAAGUCUGCUGAUGGUUGCCAUGGAUAUUUCCAGCAGAAGUUAGCACCUUAGAAAGCAUAUAAUCAUCCCUCAUAACUGGGGAAGAAACGUUUUCAGGAAGAUCUUCACAUGAUAACUGUUAGCUGCCCUUAAAAGGAAACUCAGGCCACAUUACUUCAUUCUCUUUGGCAGCAACUCACAUCCAGAGGUAUGCAGGAGAGGUUUUAAGACCAGGUUGCUAAUUUCAUUUCAUUUGGAGGUGCCACAAGAAUAAAGAUCAUCUCUUGGUAGUUAGGAGACUUUUACUUCUAGGUACCUUUCUGUUACAAGGAACAAGAGAAGGUUCAGUGCAUUAAGAAAGCUAAUGAUAGGGCUUCUUUUUGAGCACCAGCAUCCCCCUUCAGAAAGCGAAAGAUCCUGCCAAAGUGUGCCAAGCUUGCGGCUGACUAAACUCCUGAAUUGUACUGGAAUUAUUCUAUGCAACACUGAUCCUUUUAAGAAUGCAUUUCUUCUGAAUGAUUAUCCUUCUUACAACAAUUUAUUUUUUAAAGGCAAAUGGGGCUCUUAGUGUUUUUUACUUUUUUGUAUUUAUCAUAGCACAUGAUUUUCCACUUUUUAUUUUAUUUACUUUGGGGGAAUUGGCUUUUUAUUAAUCUAGUAGCAACAAAGUUUAUAAUGUCUAAAUAUUGUGUGAUUAAUCCAAUUACAGCUCAUAUCUCGAAAAGCAUCUUGAUAUUUUCUCAUAAGUUCAUUGAAUCAUCAGAGAUUGAAAUUGUUUAAUGGUUUAAAAAUUGGUACUAAAAUUCUUUUAGUUGUAGAAGCAAAAGCACAGAAUACAUUUUUACAAAAGACAGGGAAUUAUAGAAUGAUCAUUUCAGAAACAUGUAACACAUGAAGCAAGAAGUUGAUUUGUCCCUGUUUUUAUUUGAGAUAAGGAAAUGUUUGGUAACUCAACUUAGUUUAUCAUUUCAGUAUAAAUGAAAGUCAGUAAUCUAAGACUAUGGGGCAGGGAUUUUGCUCCUUAAUGUUGCUCAUAUUAUAAUUAAUCAUACUAACUACAUGCAUACAUUCUGCAUAGAAGUAAACUUAAGUUUUGUAUCACACAUAUUAUAUUUAAAGACACAUUGUGUGAAUAUUAUAGCUGGUAACCAGCUGCUACUGAUUCUUACUAUAGGAACAUUUGUGAUGAUAGUUAUGAUAGUGGUAGCAACAUUAGAUUGGUGGUGGUGUGAAGUAAAAUAAAAUUAGAUGCUUUCUUGUGCCCAAUUUAUCAGGAAUUAUUGAUCAAUGCUUCAUUUCAUUAAGAUAUCAUAAAGAUGUUUAUAGUAUUUUUUUACUUUAUUUAAAUCAUAACAAUAUUUUUAAAAACUUAUUUUCAUUGCUAUAUUGUCUAAUAUUCCAAAUGCAGCCAAUAACAGUUAAUAUGUGUUUUUAACUCUACAUGUGAAAGAAGGGAUUUUCCCUCAUUUUUUUUGAGCUUAGAUGGAAAUGAAUGAGCUCAAUGAAUAAUUAUGAAGUGUCUAUAUUAAUCACUUGUCUUUGUUGUAAUGCUAGAGAGAAUGAAUGAAACAGAUAUUUUUAUCUAUCAUUGUUGUUUUAUGUCUAUUCCAUGUUGUUGCUAUUCUUAAAGAUACUCGUUGAAACAAAUUCACUUAAUUAAAUGACCCCCUUAUCUGAUAGGUAGCAUUUUCUAUACAUAACUAUAUAUUUCAUAAUAUAGACAAAGUUGAAAUAUUAAUAUGAUUUGACAUUAAGCAUGUGAAUAUGAUAUUGUUUAAUUGUGUGCACAUUUGUUUAGUGAUGUGAUCAGGUGCUCCCACUACUGAUAAAUGUGUGUGCUGAUAUUCUAACAAAAACACAUCUGAGUGAAAGGGAAACAAUCUUGUCUUAUAAAAUAAAACCAUAAUAAAAUUUGUUUCAAAAUAUAAUAAAGUACUCGGAUAUGUCUUGUUUCUGAUUAUGUAUUGCAUGCUGUGUUGGUGAUUUGCUAAUAUGUACUUUUUACCACUUUACCAAAAUCUCUCUAGGAAAUAUAUUGAGCAAGUUAAAUCCUUGAGUUAAGGAUUGUACAAAUUAAACUAAAAUACACAAGAAUUGUACAAAAAAAAAAAAAAAACAAUGCUUGUAAAAAUGUCUUGAGAUUACUUGUAAAUCUGUCUUGAAAUUACUUAAGAUUACUUUAUGUAAAAAUGUCUUGGUUUUGUGAUUGUAUACAAGAUGUUAUCUUGAUAACUUAUGCAAAUUGUGCUGUAUGAAGGUCCUUGUCUCAGCCUUACUAAUAAAUAUUGAAAAUAUGAACUGA